AUGGCCAUCGCGCGAGAGAUGACCUCGUGGAAUGCUGAGUUCUAUGCUGCCUGUGUGAACAACUACGGCGCGGCAGGAAGCAAUGCGGCUGUGAUUGUCACACAGCCUCCCAGUAUGGGUCGUGGAAAUGAUGUGACAGUGCCAUUGAAGAAAUACCCUGUCGUAUUAUCUGCUAAUACGCCUGGAAGUCUCAAGCAGUAUGCUACUGCUGUGAAAGAGUUUAUCUCCCAGAAUCGUGCGGUCCAGCAGGGAAACUUCCUGGCCAGCACGGCCUUCCAUCUGUCCAGACGGUACAAUCAUUCCUUCAAGUAUAUGGACGCAUUCUCUGUUGAGUCAAUCGAUCAGUUAAAUAAGAAGCUUCAUAUCUGCUCUCAGUUACCGGACUCAGACAUUAUGGUGUCGAAAUCCCAGCGUCCCAUUGUUCUCGUCUUCGGCGGCCAAACAGGCAAUCUUAUCCACCUAAGCGAGGAGGUGUACCGCGGGUCAUCCCUUCUGCGAAAGUAUCUCGACAAAUGUGACGUCCAGUUGCGACAGCUCGGUUUGGCUAGCAUCUUCCCUGGCAUCUUUCAGCAACAGGCUGUUGAAGAUAUCGUCCAGCUUCAUUGUAUGCUAUUCUCGCUGCAGUACGCCAGUGCAAUGGCCUGGAUUGCUGCCGGUCUCCAAGUACAGACAGUCAUCGGACACAGUUUCGGACAGCUGACAGCCAUGUGUGUGGCUGGAGUCUUGAGCCUGACUGAUGCAGUUAAGUUGGUUUCUGGACGUGCAUCGAUCAUCCGGGAGAAAUGGGGAGCCGAGCGAGGAUGCAUGUUGCUUGUGCAGGGUGAUUUAGCUGUUGUAUGCAGCUUCAUUGCCCAGGCUCGUGAAAAUACUGGUCAUGUUGUGGAAAUUGCUUGCUUCAAUGGACCCAACAGCUUUGUCAUUGUAGGCUCGGAAGCGGACAUUGAUUCUUUUGACUCAUUGGCUGCCUCGACCCUGAAGACCCGCAGAAUGAGCGUUACCCAUGGGUUCCAUUCAAGGUUUGUUGAUGCUAUAAUGGAUGAUUACGAAAAUUUGGCGAAGGAUAUGGUCUACAAAUCUCCCACUAUCGCUAUUGAGACCUGUUCCUCGGUCGAAAGCUGGAACGCAUUCAAAGCAGACCGGGUGGCCCAGCAGUCCCGUCAACCCGUUUACUUUGCUGAAGCGGUGCAGCGCAUCUCCCAGAGCUUAGGACCUUGUGCCUGGGUCGAAGCGGGAUCUGCGUCCGGGAUCACCAAUAUGGCUCGCCGAGCUCUUAACGACGCAACCAGUCAUGACUUCUACUCGAUCAAUCUGGGAGGGCCUGAGCCAUGGGAUGCUCUCGUUGACACAACGCUCAGUCUGUGGAAGGCUGGGGUGCAAGUUGAUUUCUGGCCUUUUCAAAAGGAACAUCAAUCUGAAUAUCUCCCUCUCAAUCUCCCACCGUAUCAAUUCGAACGGUCGCGGCACUGGCUCGAAUAUGUCGAUCGGCCCGGCGCGGAUGGUUUUUUCCAAAUAAAGGAGGCAUCAGCGGUCGAAACCAAGCCCAAGCUAGUUUCCUUCGUCAAGUACCUCGACUCCAACCAGAAAACAGCCGAGUUCACCAUCAGACAGGAUUGCGAGCAGUAUCAAGCGCUGGUCCGUGGCCAUGCCGUCCUUGCCAGCAUGCUGUGUCCUGCCUCAUUGUACGUCGAGAUGGCCGCGUCUGCUGCUAGUCUGCUUGUCCCCGAAUUUUCACCGUCAUCAUACACUGCACGAGUUGAGGAUCUACAUAUGCAAUCGCCCUUGGCUAUUGAUCUCAAGCGUGGACUCCGUCUGCUUUUCUCGGCUAGCGGCCCGGGAGCAUGGCAGUUUACCCUACAGGGAUUCCCCCUCGGGGAAGAGGACAGCACAAUCCAACAUGCCAGCGGUACAGUCACCAUCAGCUCUCUGGCAAGCGAAAAAAUAGAGGCCCGGUUCUCCCGGUACAGCCGGAUUGUCGACUACCAGCGCUGUGAGGGCCUGCUCUCUGACUCCAGCUCUGCGGCCGUGCAAGGCUCGCUGGUCUACAGGAUGUUUGACAAGGUGGUCAUCUACUCAGAUAUCUUCCGUGGUGUGCAUAAGAUCGCUUCCAAGGGCAAGGAGGUAACUGGUCUCGUCUCGUUGCCAUCUGUUGGUUUGCAGCUGGUCAACGAGUCAGUCUGCAAUCCGCUCGUGAUAGAUAAUUUCACCCAGGUAGCGGGUCUGCACGUCAACAGUCUAGACGACUGUGGGCCAAAUGAGGUGUACCUGUGCAACGGGAUUGAGCAGAUCGAUGCAUGUAGGCCACUGGACGCGUCUGGAUCGUGGCUGGUUCACUCAUCAUUCGAUCGCGUCGGCACAAGGGAACUCGUGAACGAUAUCUUCGUCUUUGAUGCCGUCACGAAGCAAUUGGUGAUGACCUUGUUCGGAUUGCGGUUUGCCAAGGUGCCCAUUUCAUCCCUCAAGAAGGCACUGGAACGUGCAAACCCGGUCCAAGGCUCUACACAAACCCCUUCUGUGAAGGUAUCUAAGCCUUCGACAAUAGUUCAAAUGACGCAGCCCACCCACAUACCUCCGAAAUCGGGGAGGACAACUCCAUCUGCUGAUGCGCAGGUUCGAACAGCAACAAUGGCGUUGCUUAAUGAGGUCGCUGACGUUCCCUUAUCUGAUAUUACCGAUGGUGCUCGCUUGGAGGAUCUGGGGAUUGAUUCCCUUAUGGCAGCAGAACUUCUAAGCACCAUCCGGGAAAGAUUCAACCUCGACAUCCCUACAUCCAUCUUCUCCAGCAUCGUCGAUUUCAGGGGCUUGUACCAGCAUAUCACCUCCGCUACUGACGCAGGCGCCAUGACACCGUCUUCUUCGUCCGGCACGGAGACCAACGAUAGCAUUCUCGAAGUACAAUAUACGGAUACCAGCACGCCGUUCUCCGAGAUUGCCUACCCGUUCGACGGCAAGGAGGCUGAUGACAAGGCCUACACAGAUCAAGUGGCUCAACUAUCGCUGUUGUUCGUUGAACAUCUAGAAUGCGCUGUUCCGAUCCCCUCAGGCGAAUCGCUCCGUAAUAUUGGUCUAGACUCCUUAGUUGGGCUUGAACUGGCAGCAGAUAUCCACAAGGCAUUCGGUCAGAAGGUUAACCUGGCGACCCUGGACCCCGAGUGUACAUUUGGACAGUUCUGUGACAUGGUCAUCCCCCAGACUACGUUGCCGGUACCCACGGUCUCCGAAAAGGUGGAAAAAACGGUGCGUUGGGCGUCGACACAGGUCGCUUACUCCACCAAACGCCAGGAUCAAACUACAAAGGCGCCGGACGUGGGCCACGUCAAUUAUCUCUCUCACUGCGCAGAGGACUUUGCCCAAAUACGCCACAAGUACACCUUAUUCGCGAAAGAGGUCGGGUUCGCCGACUUUCGCACCAACGUCUACCCCCAGCAGAAAGAACUGGUGUGUGCGUAUGUGACUGAAGCCUUUGCUGCUUUGGGAGCUGAUCUUAGGACUAUCCCCUCCGGAUCAGCGCUGCCUCCUGUUCCACAUAUUUCCAGGCAUGCCAAGGUGAUGAAGCAGUACUACAAGGUGCUCGAGGACUCUGGCUUGAUUGCUAUAACAGGCAGUGGGAUGAUCCGCACUGCAAAGCCCAUCAGCCCGGUCAACUCUCAGGUUCUCUACCAGCAGAUUGAUUCGGUAUUCCCGCAGCAUCGGGGUGAGCAUAUGCUACUGAACUCAACCGGGUCAAAACUCGCAUCCUGCCUGAAAGGAGAGACAGAUCCGCUGCAAAUCCUCUUCGGUAGCAAAGCAAGCAAGGAUCUGAUGGAGGACGUUUACACCAACUCGCCCAUGUUCGCCACCGGAACCCGUAUCUUGGGCGACUUCUUCGUCAAGGCUUUCGGCAAGUAUAAAGGGUCUGAGAAACUGCACAUCCUGGAGCUUGGGGCUGGUACAGGAGGUACAACAAAGUACAUCGUAGAGAAGCUGUUGGAGCACCAUAUUCCGUUCACAUAUACCUUCACCGAUCUCUCUCCUUCGUUGGUGGCGCUAGCAAAACGAAAAUUCGGCCACUAUGGGUGCGUCGAGUUCGUCGUGCUCGACAUCGAAAAGCCCCCUGCAGAGCACUUAGUGAACUCAUACCACGCCAUCCUCUCGUCUAACUGUGUGCAUGCCACGAAGGAUCUGCUCAACUCCACCACAAACGCGCGCAAGCUGCUCCGUGAGGAUGGUUUCCUUUGUCUGUUAGAACUCACCCGCAACCUGUUCUGGCUGGAUUGCGUCUUCGGGUUGUUGGAGGGGUGGUGGCUUUUUGAAGAUGGACGGAAGCAUGUACUCGCCGAUGAGUACCUCUGGAAAGAGACAUUGCUCCAGGCUGGAUUCCAGCAUGUGGACUGGAGUAACGAUGACACUGAAGAAUCGGAUCAGUUCCGUGUCAUUACUGGCUUCGUGGCUGACAUUGGAAGAAACCCCAUGAGCCAGAAGAAGACUGUCACUGGGAAGCUGCAAACGAUGGAAACAGUCCCGUUCACUACGGUGGAUGGAAUACCCCUGCUCGCAGAUAUCUACUAUCCUGCUAAGGAAGAUGCACCCGGUGUCAAGCGCCCCAUUGGGCUUAUGAUCCAUGGUGGAGGUCACAUCAUGCUCUCUCGCAAAGACAUCCGGCCCAAACAAACGCGUCUCCUCCUCGAGCGCGGCCUGCUUCCCGUCAGCAUCGACUACCGUCUCUGUCCCGAAGUCAGCCUUACUGAGGGCCCUAUUCCAGAUGCCUGCGCCGCCCUCAAUUGGGCUCGCACCGUCCUCCCAACUCUCCAGCUGCAACGACCGGAUAUUUAUCCCAAUGGCGAAAAAGUAGCCGUAGUGGGUUGGUCAACCGGCGGGACGCUGUCAAUGAUGUUGCCCUUCAGCGCCCCGCAACGGGGUAUCCAGCCCCCCGACGCGAUUCUGGCAUUCUACUGCCCUACAGACUACGAAGCGGACUUUUACCGGGAACCGAACUACCCCGAAGGCACUUCUGGGACUGUUCCGCAAACCUAUGAUCUCCUGGAAGGUGUACAAGAACAUCCGAUUACAGGCUACAACGUCCCCGCGUACAAGGGUGCGACGGGUGGAUGGAUGUCUCUCUCUGACCCGCGCUCGAGGAUCGCAUUGCAUAUGAACUGGAAGGGACAGGCACUUCCUGUGUUGCUAAAUGGUCUGCCAUCUAAGAAGAAAUUACUGGAUGACGGAGACGAUGCAUCGUCGACGAACUGGCUGGAUCUACCACAGCCUAGCAUGGACCGGGUGCGAGCCUUGAGUCCAUAUGCGCAGAUCGUCGAGGGAAAUUACCGGGUGCCUACGUUCUUGAUCCACGGUACGCGGGACGAUCUCAUUCCGUGGGAGCAGUCAGUACGAACGACCGAUGCGCUUGCUUCUCAGGGAGUCGGCGCAGGUGUAGCGAUUGUUGAGGAUGCAGUGCAUCUGUUCGAUCUCUACAGGGAUCCGGAGGGGAAGUAUUGGGAGGCUGUGUUGGAGGGAUAUGACUUUUUGUUGAAACACCUAUAA